UUUAAAGCCCAUAUGAGCGACGAUGCUGAAUUUUUGCCAUGAAGGCCCAUCAUCUUGCGGUGUUUGAGUCCCCUGCAAUUUCAGGGAUCUUCAACUUUCCUUUUUCUCCCCAUUCUGAUCCCUACUCGUUCCUUUCUGAGACCCCUCACCUUCGUGUUAUGAUGCCUGAUCCAUGUCCGUUCCACAAGACCUUCACCUGUAAAUGACUAUGGGCUCUUUUGCUUUCCUUUUUUUCCCGCCUUUUUGUUCUGCUUCUUUGUACAGGGGUGGGGCUGGCAGAUGAGUGUUCCCUGGUACUCAGCAUUAUCAUGCUCAUACUCCCUUACAUAUCUUGUUUCUUUUGCCGCUCACGGCGUUGAACCUGGUCUGUGUGCAUGUGUACGCGGCAUACUUUUGCUUGGAGAAAGAAGCAAUUUACACCCUACACAGGGAUUCUUACAAUGGCUCUACCUACUACGUGGUUUCAAGACCGACCUUGUAUCCUUGUCAGAUACUAUGCCUUGGUCUUGUGCAUAUUGCACCAGCACAUUCUAUUCUACUCAUGCUAAGACUUCUCACAGGGUCUGGUCAGAGCUUUCAGCUACAGUUACCCAUUUAACUGUGACUUCGUACCCACUUGGGAUUGGCAUUCUGGCCCUACUUUUCUCAUUGUUGCUCGGUUUUGCCUCAGCAGGAAUUGAAACUGCCUCUUGCCAUCGUUACUUUUACUUAUUCAACCGAAGAUUGAAUGAAAAUCUUCUGCCAUGAAAUUACUCUCAUGUUUGAUCUGGUACACUGUCAAUGAAUAGAGUACACAGAAGAGCUCAUUUGA